AUGGAGAGUUACCUGAGAAAAUGGUGUUUGGUUCUUGUGUUGGUUCUGGUUUUGGGUUUAGGGUUUAAAGUAAAAGCAGAGCCUAUAGUUCCAUGUUACUUCAUCUUUGGUGAUUCUUUGGUAGAUAAUGGAAACAACAACGGUCUUGCUUCUAUUGCAAGAGCCGAUUAUUACCCUUACGGCAUCGAUUUCGAUACGCCCCGCCCAACUGGCCGCUUUUCCAACGGAAAAACAACCGUCGAUGUGAUCGCUACGGAACUGGGGUUCGAUAACUACAUCCCUGCGUAUAGUGAUGUGAGUGGCGAGCAGAUACUUCAAGGAGUCAACUAUGCAUCUGCAGCUGCAGGAAUCAGAGAUGAAACCGGUCAACAAUUGGGACAAAGAGUAACAUUUAGUGGACAAGUCCGGAAUUAUCUAAACACAGUGUCACAAGUGGUGCAAAUUCUUGGAGAUGAGUAUGCUGCAGCUGAUUACCUUAAGAGAUGCGUCUACUCUGUUGGUUUGGGAAGCAAUGACUAUCUUAAUAACUACUUCAUGCCUCAAUAUUACGCUACUAGCAGACAGUACAGUAUUGAAUCGUACGCUGAUGAUCUUAUUAAUCGUUACAGCGACCAGCUCAAUUUACUAUACAAUUAUGGAGCUAGAAAGUUUGCAUUGGUAGGAGUUGGAGCCAUCGGAUGCAGCCCGAACGCGCUCGCACAAGGCAGCCUUGACGGUAGAACUUGCGUGGAGCGUUUCAACUUGCCCAACCGAAUCUUCAACAACAAGCUACGGAAUAUGGUCCAUCAGCUCAACAACGAUCUCCCUGAUGCUAAGUUCACCUACAUUAAUGCUUAUGGCGUUUUCCAGGAAAUAAUCGCCAAUCCCUCUGCUUAUGGGUUUACGGUUACGAACGCUGCGUGCUGCGGAGUUGGAAGGAACGGAGGCCAGCUAACGUGUUUACCAGGACAACCCCCGUGUCAGAACCGGGAUGAGUACGUGUUUUGGGAUGCGUUUCAUCCAACAGAUAAAGCCAACACCAUCAUUGCACAGAGAUCUUUCAAUGCGAGAACGUCUUCUGACGUUGAUCCAAUUGAUAUCGCAACGUUGGCACGGCUUUGA